CCCGAACGGAGGAGCUGAUGAAUUAUAGAUGGUGAUAGAAAGCUGAGGAUGCAGGUUUGGUCCCAACACAUCCCAUCGACUUAUAGUGCCCACAGCAAGCCAAACAUUGCUUCAACGAGACGGUCCAAGUUCAACUAGCUUCGGCACCUGAGGAGGAGAUGUAUCUGAAUCUCUGAUUUCAACCACCUCUUUAGAAGAGCAUCCCGGCAGAAGAAUUCACUCCGACAGGCACACCUUCACAAGGCUGACAUGAUGCGCUUAUCUUUUGGACAUGGGACAGCCGUCGGAUUGGUGUUAUUAAACGCACUAUUCCUUGCGACGCAAACUGCUGAGGAAGGAAUCUUCACAAAUCAUCUCUUGGUUCAGCUGCAUGAAGGCACUCAUGAUGAAGCGCAUCAACUUGCCACAGAACACGGGUACCAGAGUGUCCGUAAGGUUCCCUUUGGAGAGGGGCUUUUUCACUUCUAUCCCCAGGACAUCCCUCAGAGACGUAGCAAACGCAGCACUCGCAACCGACAGCGUCUCCAGAAGGACCGUAGGGUGAAGAACGUCAUUGACCAGGAAGGCUUUGGCCGCCAGAAACGAGGCUACCGGAACAUCAAUGAUUUGGAAGUGAACAUGAGCGACCCUCUGUUCUCCAAACAGUGGUAUCUGAUAAACACUGGUCAGGCAGACGGGACCCCGGGGCUGGACCUGAACGUGGCAGAGGCCUGGGAGCUGGGCUACACCGGGAGGGGGGUCACUAUAGCCAUCAUGGAUGAUGGAAUUGACUAUCUUCACCCGGAUCUUGCUUCCAACUAUAACGCGGAGGCCAGCUAUGACUUCAGCAGUAACGACCCAUACCCUUACCCCCGCUACACGGACGACUGGUUUAACAGCCAUGGGACCAGGUGUGCAGGGGAGGUAUCCGCUGCAGCCAAUAACAAUAUCUGUGGAGUUGGAGUGGCCUACAACUCCAGGGUGGCAGGAAUUCGGAUGCUGGAUCAGCCCUUCAUGACGGACAUUAUCGAGGCGUCUUCCAUUAGUCACAUGCCCAACAUUGACAUCUACAGUGCCAGCUGGGGCCCCACUGAUGACGGCAAGACCGUGGACGGGCCCCGAGAGCUUACCCUCCAGGCCAUGGCUGAUGGGGUUAAUAAGGGACGUGGAGGAAAAGGCAGUAUCUAUGUAUGGGCCUCAGGAGACGGCGGUAGCUAUGACGACUGUAACUGCGACGGUUACGCCUCCAGCAUGUGGACAAUCUCAAUCAACUCAGCCAUCAACGAUGGGCGCACGGCCCUCUAUGAUGAGAGCUGCUCCUCCACGCUAGCAUCCACCUUCAGCAAUGGACGCAAGCGGAACCCAGAGGCUGGGGUGGCCACCACAGACCUGUAUGGCAAUUGUACCCUGCGGCACUCUGGGACCUCAGCGGCUGCACCUGAGGCUGCUGGUGUGUUUGCCCUGGCGUUGGAGGCUAACCCUGACCUGACGUGGAGGGACAUGCAGCACCUGUCUGUGCUGACCUCCAAGAGGAACCAGCUACAUGAUGAGGUGCACCAGUGGAGGAGGAACGGCGUGGGCCUCGAGUUCAACCACCUGUUUGGGUACGGCGUGCUGGAUGCCGGCGGCAUGGUGAAGAUGGCCAAGGAAUGGAAGACUGUCCCCGAACGCUUUCACUGUGUGGCCGGAUCGAUCCAGGAGACCCAGUGA